GCCGUCACCGCUGUGGGAGUGGACUUGCUCUCCACGUUGUGCUUAAAUCUGAGGGAUCUGCCCUCGUCUCUUUGCCUGCGAAUCGUUUCCUGGGCCGAGCACUUGAGAGCUUUGGGUGUGCUUCAAAACUUACCAAACACCAAUGGAGACCAUUGGAGAGAUCAUCCCGUUCGCUAAGGAGAUGCUAAACCAGAGGCCAAGCCGAGGCAUGCUGAAGGUCUACAUGCUUGGCUCGACCAUGGCGGUGCUGGGAGUUGUCGGAGGACUGGUGGAAACUUAUUUCCUGCCGUCUGCGGAGCCGGAGGCUGCUGAGGACGCACCAGCGGAGCUGAUUGUGGAGAUGGAGAAGAAGCCACUCGCCACCUUGGUUCGCCCGGAAGUGGUGGACGCGCUAACCACGGUGAUCAAGGCCAAACAUCUGGUGACCGAUGGGCAGAGGGUCUCUAGGCGCUUAUAUGCUUCCUAAAGAAAGCCCUUCCAUCCUGGUGUAAAUGGACACGACACAUGCAAUGUUGAUGGUGAUGGUGGUAAAUUAAAACACCACGUUGAACUGGUCCCGUUGUACUCGUUCUUUUAUCUCACAUUUGGUGAAAAGGUCUCUGUUCACUAGCAAAUAAACUAGUAGAUUUUCUGAAAACUGGAGGGUACAGCAAUGUCGGGCUGCUGGGCAGCAAGUAUCUAUCUCUCUGGAUGUGCAUUGAUGAAUGUGUGGGGGAAAAAUGGAAUGUGUGUGAUUUAAUUUUGCACUUUAAUAAAACAAUUUUUCAGCUA